AUGAUCCUGCAGAUCCUCGUAUUCCUACUUCUCAAACUCCCGAGCAAGCUAUUCAAGAAGACGAGAGAGUACGCGAAAAAGUUGAAGGCCCGGAGUAAAAAGCCCGUGAUUGUGAAGCUCGAAGCGCAAGGAGGAUUACAAGAGAAGUCCUCGAGGAUCGAAAUUGAUGAUUUUGACCUAGUCGAGUCGGUUAGGUACGGGGAGAAAUUGAUGGAAGAAAUCGAGCGCGAGCUGGAGGAGUUUUCGGGGCGGGGCGAGUUUGCUUUCGGGAGUUUUUGGGGUCGAGGGGUUUGUGCAUCGAGGAGGAGUUUCGGUUCGUGUUUUAAGGAGGCGGAGGUCGACUACGACGAUGUUGGGUAUCGGUUGAUGGAGUUGUUUGGCGAUGUUAAAGUUCUUUUAUGA